AAUAAAAUUAACACAAUCAUGUUUUUUUAUCAGAAAAGAAUGUAAGAAACGAAUUUUCAGUUAGUACAUACAGAUUCUUCUUUCAUCCAAAAGGAAAUUAAUAUUUGAGUUUGAAUAUCGCAAAUUUCCAGUAAUAUUUGUAGCAGCUAUAUAUCUCUUGCCUUCACGUUAAUUAAUAUGUCACAAAAUCUAUUUUCAUUUAUGUGAAUGACAUCAUUGCCGUUUUCUGCAAUUAAACUGACAGUCGUACUUCGUGCCUUCUCCACCGUGGUUAUUAUUAUGCAUGACACAAGCAAAAAAAUAUUCCUAUUGUUUCUGAAAUUAUGAGAGAAAGAUGCACAUGAACAACUAAACCAUAGAUGCUGUUGUUUGAUGUGAUGGGUUAAUAUGGUCUGUUGAGUAAUAAGCGCUGUAAGACCGUGCUCCAUCUUACAAAAAUAGCCUGAAGAUAAUUAAUGCCUUUUAGAAAGUCUUAAAGGAGUAUGUAUGUAGGUCUUUCAAUUAUGGGAAAGCUGAUCACAUCUUUCCAUCACGACGUAAUGGAUAUCGUGAACAUUAGCUCAGGAAUCAAUUAUUUGUGUAAAUACAUUUAGAAUUUAUUGCCUGAUUGAUGGUAUCAGGAGAAUAGUCCUCAGUUUUUUAUACGCCAUGGAUUAAAAUGUAUUAAAUAAUUUCAGAAUAAUUAAUUGAGAAAAAGAAAGUAAAAUAGAUUUAAUGACACAGAAUUAAUUUACGUGGCUUGUUGAUCAAGUACUGUCUGUCAUUUCCUUUGAAGUUAACAGUCAUUGAAGUUUUUUUUUGUGUUUUUGUUCCUAUGUAUGUACAGGGCAAAGCUCUUCCCUUCUCCUCCCUCACAAGUUCACUCCAUCAACAAGCUGUCAUCAUUGAGAGAUAGCAAUAGCCUGGAAGCUCUUCCGUUUCCCCCCCUGCUGUUCUCACUGAUAACAUGACAGUUGUAAAUCCUAAACCGGAGUGAUUGAAUGCCAGUGUGUUUGUUGAUACUUGGGGUGUAUAAGAACCUGUUAAUAAGGUGGCAUAUGGUAAAUGAGGCAUGAAAUAUAGUGUCAGGAGGUAGCAUUGCACAGACAACUGACCACAUUGACAGAAGCUGUAGAAUGGUUAAUAUUUCCUCUGACCUCCCUCCCCCGCUUGGCCUUCAGUCAGUUGGAUAAUAGCCAUGUGUGUGGAGUAUGUCAGUGGCAUGCUUACUACUGCUGGAUCAAUUGUUGGCCAAUACUGACUGGAGGCACUGCGGUGAUCGGAGCUGCGGAGAGCCCACGGUCUUGACAGCCUUCAGUGAACGGUUAGAGGCAAGACUGGGUUUAGGGCAGUUCUGAUUGGUGGUUCGAACUCCCUAUUGGGAAGUUUGUUGGUGCAAGUGGUGUGUACACCUCUGGGAUGACAUCAAUGUACUGCGGUAGAAGUUCCAUCUCUUAUUGAUGGGAACAAGUGUCGUAUAGGCCAGGAUGUUCUACCUCUCAGUUCCUCCUUUGUUUCAGCUAAGACGAUGCUAAGACCAGGCAGGUGUUAAUUCAUUAAACAUUAACGAAGAGUUAAUUAGAUUCUUCCCUUUUCUACACAGCGUCGACGUGUCAAGCACAAUGUUGUCACAGCGGUGCACAUACUGUGGUCAAUGUUGUAACCUCAAUGUUCCAAACUUGGCUUACAUCGAACAGCUUUCCUAUUCCUAAUUGUUGUGUGUGUCACAAGUGUGAUCUUGUGGAUUUUUGUCAUUCCAAUAUGCAUGGCUCUUGAGAAGGAAGGAAAUGAACUGGCUAAACUCGCCAAACUAAUGACAUUUUGAGUCAGCGAGUGAUAUUUCCUCAACAGAGAUCAUGCUGAACUUUUUCAAAAGAUCCCGGUCGCGAUCUCCUUCAUUUGAGAUUCCCAAACUUUGUCUACCAAGACAGAAACGGUCUACAUCUGUAGACUGUAGUACCCCAAACCUUCAGGUUCCUAUUGAACCUCAAAGAGGAAGAUCAUCAAGUUUUGACUCAAGUAGUCUACAUGGGGAUGAAUUACUUCAAGUGCCGGUCAACAUGCAUGGCAGACGGUCACAGUCCUUUGAUUGUUCCCCUCCCUGGAAUGGGGGAUCAUCGGAUGAAAAUAUUUCUGACAAAGAAUGCAGUCAAAGUUUGCGUGUGCCAAGAUAUGAGAGGAGACGAGCAUCUUUGGAUAUUCCUAAAGUUUGUUUACAUUGUUUACAUAUGGAAAAUUUGAUGAAAGAAAAGGAAAAAGCAGAUGCAGAAAGGUUGGAGAAUGGGGAUUUAUCCAGUGACACUUCGUCGUUGUUUGACGAUUAUGAUGUCGGGGACAAUGACGACGAGGACAAUUCUGCCGACAUUUUUUCAAGUGACACUGAAGGGACUUCAGGUAGCAGGGAGGAUUUUCCCCAAAUUGUUGAAAUUAAUUCCAGAAACAGUAGCUUGGACUCGGAUAAAUUGUAUCGAACAGCUGUCAUGUUGGAGGUACCAGUGAUUAAACAGCGGUCAUCGUCCAUGGAUGCGGCCUACAUGCCUUUGCAAGUUCCCCAACAGGAGAGUCCCCGAAAAGCUUCACUGGAUGAAAGCUCGCUGGAUGUUCCUAAACAAAUGCGAUCUAGCUCUGUUGAUAUAAGUCUCCCGACUGAAGAUAACAGUUCCUACAAGGCCAUAACAAAUAACAAAAAAGCAAUUGCCAAGAGUACCUUCAGCCACACUAACUACCUACAUCCAAGUCAUGCGGAAUAUGGCUACAAGAAACGAGAGCUCCGCUCCACGGUUGACUGGACGGAACAGGCAGUCAAUAGCGAGCAUCUGUGGGUGGAGACUAAUGCCUCAGGAGACUACUGUUAUGCAAUGGAUCCUGAUUGUCUGAAAACAGGCCCCAGGAAGAAAUGUAUCGCCUGCAAGGUCGUUGCCCACACGGCCUGUGUUCCUGUAUUGGAGCAGAAAAACCUGAGAUGCAAGCCAACAUUCCGAGAAGCAGGUGUCCGCAAUUACAGAGAGCAAACAUUCAUGCGGCACCAUUGGGUACAUCGGCGUCGGCAGGAGGGCAAGUGUAAACAAUGUGGCAAGUCCUUCCAGCAAAGGUUCGCCUUUCAGAACAAGGAUAUCAUAGCAAUCAGUUGUUCGUGGUGUAAAGCCGCCUACCACAACAAGACCACGUGCUUCAUGAUGCAGCAGAUAGAAGAACAAUGCACUCUGGGUAUUCAUGCUGGCAUCAUCAUACCGCCAUCUUGGAUUAUAAAACUUCCCAAGAAAGGUUCCUUCAAAUCUUCACUUCGGGCUAGUAAGAAAAGGAAAGCAUCCUUAAAGAAAAGGCUAAGUAAAGAUGAACAAAAACCAUUUUUGAUCAAACCGAUUCCAUCACCGCUCUUAAAGCCGCUCCUGGUUUUUAUAAACCCCAAGAGUGGUGGCAAUCAAGGGGCAAAACUUUUCCACAAGUUCAGCUGGCUCCUGAACCCGCGGCAAGUGUUUGACCUCUCCCAGGGAGGACCACAGUUUGGUCUAGAAUUGUUCAAGAAAGUGCCUAACCUUCGACUGUUGGCUUGUGGGGGAGAUGGUACAGUAGACUGGAUCCUGUCUAUGCUGGACUCCCUGGGGAUCUCGCCCCCAACCCCUGUCGCCAUCCUUCCCAUUGGGACUGGCAACGACCUUGCCAGGACACUCAACUGGGGAGGGGGCUACACGGAUGAACCCAUUUCCAAAAUCUUAUGCAAUGUUGAAGAUGGCCAGGUGGUUCAGCUGGACCGGUGGAACAUCAGUGUGACCCCUAACACAUCUGCCGAGCCAGACGAGGAGGGAGGAGCGGAGACGUUGCCCCUAGAAAUCUUCAACAACUACUUCAGUCUUGGUGCUGACGCUCACGUGUCCUUGGAGUUCCACGAAUCUCGGGAGGCGAACCCAGAGAAGUUCAAUAGCAGGUUACGAAACAAAAUAUUCUAUGCAGGGGCUGGGGGGAGAGACAUGUUGAAGAGGAGCUGGAAGGGUUUCUCUGGCCACAUCAAGGUGGAGUGUGACGGGGUGGACCUCACUCAGAAGAUUCAGGACAUGAAGCUGCACUGUCUCCUCUUCCUCAACAUUCCACGGUACGCUAGUGGCACUCUCCCCUGGGGCAACCCCACUACAGUGGGGUUUGAGCCACAACGACAUGACGAUGGCUACCUGGAGGUGGUGGGCUUCACAUACUCCUCUCUGGCGACAUUGUAUGUGGGUGGCCAUGGUGAGCGUCUCAUACAGUGUCAGGAGGUCAAGCUGACCACCUACAAGUCCAUGCCUAUGCAACUAGAUGGCGAACCUUGUCGACUCCGCCCAUCGGUCGUCUCAAUACGAUUUCGCAAUCAGGCCAAUAUGAUCAUGAAGCCCAAGAGACGAGGAUCAAUGCCAAUAACCAAUGAUCCUGAUUUUGCGUUUUUCAGUCCACCUUCGGUCCCCGAACGGUUACGACUCCAAGUGAGUCGAAUCGGCAUGGCAACAUAUGAAGCCAUGCACUACGACAAAGACAAACUCCGGGAAGCUUCUAUUCCAGUAGGUCUGAUCAUCGUGGACAACAAUGCUGACCUGGAACAGGUUAGAGAACAAAUCAACAAGCUCAACCGGGAUAUUUCCAAUGGUGAAGAGGCAUCGCCCACAUCUACACAGUCACUGCAGAAACUCUCAAAGAAAUGGUGCUUCUUAGACUCAACUACGGCGGAAAGAUUUUUUCGGAUUGACCGAGCACAGGAGAAUCUUCAUUACAUCACGGACAUUUCAUCAGAAGACCUGUAUAUACUCGACCCUGACCUCUCACCGACCUCAGAGGUCAAGGCUACGAAUGGAGAAAAGUCAUUAGAAGUCACCGAGAACAAUAACUCCAUGACGUCAAAAGAUGGUGAUCUCAUUUUCAAAUUCUCCCUGCCCGUCACGCCGCCCAAGUCUCCACGACAAAGUUGCCAGAGGAAAAACAAGAAAAUCUCAUAUUCCCACUCCGAGAGAAUGAAGAGCUUUGACCGUAGCCGCUACAUGGCAAAAUCCAGAUGCCCUGAAAUAUUGCCCUUGCAACGCCCGGAAAGCACAGAGAACCUACUUGUUCCGCCCCCGCCAGGCUCCAAUAACAGUUCAGAGCCAGGAUCCCCAAACUCCCCUGUGGCGGAGGCGAAGCAUAUACACUUCACAACGGUGUCGAGCGCCACCGCAGCCACAGAGGGCAGGACGCACACCAUCACACCGCUAGACAAAUCUCUCAUUGAUGCCUCUAAGCGCGGGGAGAUUCAGAAGUUGGUGGAGAUAUACCAACGUGGCGGAGAGCUCCUCGCCACUGACCAGUACGGGAUGACCGCACUUCAUCACGCCGCCCGAUUCGGUCACAAAGGAAUCGUCAAAUUCUUAAUUGAUAAUGCACCACCUGUGAUAUUAGAUAUGCUUGACCAUGAGAAAGGUCAGACUGCCCUCCACAAGGCAGCAUGGUACCAGCGGAGAACUAUAUGUCACAUGUUGGUUGACGCAGGUGCCUCCCUCACCAGAACAGACUAUCAGGGCAAUACACCACAGCAGCAGGCCCAGAAGGCAGAGGACAAGGACCUGGCAGCCUACCUCCAGAGUAAACCAAGAACACUUCCAGUUAGUUGUGUCUGAGGAUCAAGAAACAGCAGUAUGACCUUCAACUUUUGACCUCCGUUAUCAAGGUUAUGACCCCAUCACCAUGACAACAAGGUCAUUCAACCAAAGAUGGCAACCAAACCUGCUAUGACUGGUGGAGCGUACUGCUCUUCCUGUGUGUGUGCGUGCGGACAAGUGAUCAAAUUCUCAACUGGCGUUCCGACAGCUUGUUCUUCAAUAUUACAGGUGAACGCAGGUUCACUGGAGUAAGUACAUAUUUGGUGGGAUCACGUGAUCCUGCCUUUUUCAACUGUGAUUGCCUACACGUGGACCAUAAAAAAACACUGUUCCAUAUGCAAUAUAUUUUUCCAUUAGCCUACAUUUAGAGAACCAAUCAAAUUCCUUGUUGCCCCUUGAUGGGGUUCAUAUGACAUAGAUUUGGAUUGGCGUUUAUCGUUUUUUUAAACUGUACAGUUACCUGUUGUGUGUUUUAUUUUGUAUAAUGUGCAUCUUGUGCAACUGUGUUUUGGGUGUCAAUGGAAGAAGUGUUCGACAGACAUUCCAUAUCUUUCCUUGGAGCAGUGACAUGGGUGUGAAUUCAGAUGGUUGUUUGUUGAUAUUUAUUCAUGUUUAUGAGCUAUUUAUAAUCUGUGACAGUGAAUACUUUGAAAAAAUAACUUCAAAACGUGCUUGGCAUUUUUAUCCUUAAAGUUUCUCUUUCAUGUUUAACUUGAGAUAGAUUCAAAUUUUACCUUUCAUUAUAUUUUUCUCAGGUCAUUUGUUUCCUUGUUUUUCUUAAUUUUUUUCCUGCAAGAUUAAAAGAGCUGACUCAGCAUUAAUGAAGAUGUGACCUUCAGAUAAUGUUUCGGAAAACACUAUUCAAGCUGUGUCAACCCUUUGUGGAGAUCCAUUUUAUUCAAUUUCAACAGUGUUUCAAUACUGUAAAAUCGAAAUGUUUUAACAUAUUUAUAAAAGUCUUUUAUUAAAUGUUCUGGCAACAGCUGAUUUUCUUUUUAUGUCCUAUUUGUAAGUUUAGCCAAUGUUCAGCCAGGGUUUCAUGGUUUAUUGAGAGUUGUACUGUAUUUUAUACUUAUUGCAUAUCAGAAGUGACAACCAGCCGACUGGCUUGUCGUCAGUUACAGAAUCGCUCUAUUCAAUGAGGCAUCACACUUUCUUAUAUACGCUGAUGUGUUUAUGGAGCUUCACCUCUAGAUUAGUCUCGUCAGAUAUCCACAUCGGGUGUUAGCGACAUCUGAUGUACAAGCCAUAUUCCCACCCCUAGUAAUAUUAUAAGGCAGCUCUCUGUCUGAGAUGUCCAUGAUUAUAUGAAGACUGUUCCUUACUCAACACAUACACAGUGCACUGUUAAUGUCCAAAUAAUGAUUUCAACACUACCAAGUGCCUCUUAAGUGUAAUAUAGCCAAAAUGUUUGUAACCCAACUUGUUAGCCUUCAACUUGCAUUAUAGUUCAGUCUGGAAACAAAUCAGAAAUAUUUUUCAAACAUUAGUGUUUGUAUUCCCAUUAGAUAUUUCCUUGUUUAGAAAAAAAACAAACAUUAUAGAUUUUUUUCUGAAUCAUGCAUUAUAUAAUUGAUACAAUAAUUUCCUGAUGCUAUAAUAAGCUUGUAAAGAUUGUUAUCACAUACAAAAUCUUGAUGAAUGGCUUUAAGGAUUUGGCAGAUAACAAUAUUGGUGAAGAUUUUUGGACGUUAAUGAUAACUUGUCUCUUAAGUUAGAUAUAUAACCCGUUGGUUUCUAAUUAGUUUGAUUAAUGAUUUGGGUUUUUAUUACAUUUUAUGAUUGUCUACUCAGUGGAUUUACAGAAGGGUUGAAUGCGUGAACUGAGAAAAAUGUGUAUUUGUUUAUGUGAAAUAUGUAUUUAUACUUUGUGAUAUAUGAUCUAUAAUGUGAUGGUGGAUGUCAAUCAUCUGGAAUGAUUGACACUUUGUUAUUACACUUCCAUAUUUGGCUGGGUAAACAGUCAUGCACUUGUCACUAGCCACGACCUCAACAGUGAUUGGUCCACAGUUAUCCAAUCAGCAUCCAGAAAUAAUGAAUGCUACCAAUCAUAUGUCACCUAUCUGAGAUCUAGGGCUGGUACCAUGGUGACCCCUUGCAUGUUGCUUAGCCUUUUGUCUCCUGACAUUUGAUUGGAUGAUUGUUGAUAAUGAUGGUUCAAUCAUAUGUGUCCUGGUUUUUGAUUGGAUGUAUCCACUAUGUACAGAGCAAUUGACAUUUCCAUGAGGCACAGAAUACCAUAUGUAACUAUUUUGUAUUUAUUACAUUAUUUUUUCAUCUAAAUAUGAUAUUGCAGCGACAUUUAAUCAGAUUUGUAAUAUUCCUGUGUACUCACCAUGUUUGAUUAUAUUAUAACCUUACUCUUUCACUAAUUUCUUGAUUAAACUAAAAUAGUGUAUAUUCAGAACCAAUGAAAUGAGUAAUUCAUAAUAUUCAAUUUUGACAAAAUUAGAACAGUUGAUAUAACUCCCAUAUUUGACCAUAAAGUAUUAAUAUUUUGCAUAAUACAAUAUUUAUUCUCUAAGCCAGUUGAAUUAACACAGGCUCUUUGCUUUCAUGCAAGCUUUCUGAAAGUAGAGCCUUUGAAACUCUGCAGUUGAUAAAUUAUUUAUUCUUGUCUUCUUCGAGCCGUGGCUCAUACUUAGGUCUUAGCUCUGUGACAGUCCAAAGUCAGCGUUCAGACUAUAAGUUAGUCAUGUCAACACUGUCCUAAGUCAGUGAUAAACCAUGGGAGUUGUGAUCAUCUUAGCACCAUGUUUUCAGAUAGUUACAGUUAUCUUACCGCUAAGAUCACAGAAAUUAUCAAGGCCUUGAUAACAUACACCACCAAUGGUUGUGAUUUGUAUUCAGAAUUGCAAAC